CCUGGAGGAUAGUAGAUGACUGUGGAGGUGCUUUCACCAUGGGAGCCAUCGGCGGUGGCAUUUUCCAGGCUAUCAAGGGCUUCAGGAAUUCUCCAGUGGGUGUGAACCACCGGCUGCGGGGCAGUUUGACAGCCAUUAAAACAAGAGCUCCCCAGCUGGGAGGGAGCUUUGCUGUCUGGGGAGGCCUCUUCUCCAUGAUUGACUGCAGCAUGGUCCGAAUGAGAGGGAAAGAAGAUCCAUGGAAUUCAAUCACAAGUGGAGCCCUGACUGGAGCCAUCUUAGCUGCCAGAAAUGGCCCCGUGGCCAUGGUUGGAUCUGCUGCCAUGGGGGGGAUUCUGCUGGCUUUAAUCGAAGGAGCUGGAAUCCUGUUGACAAGAUUUGCCUCCACACAGUUCACAAAUGGCCCUCAGUUUUCAGAUGACCCCUCCCAGCUGCAGCCGGCGCCGUUCGGUGACUACAGACAAUACCAGUGACCAUCCUCCUCCUCCUCCUCAUACCCAAGCUGUCACUUCAAAGGCUGGAGGA